AUGGCGGGCCCGCGGGGCGCGCUGCUGGCCUGGUGCCGCCGCCAGUGCGCGGGCUACCGCGGCGUGGACGUGCGCGACCUGAGCGGCUCCUUCCGGGACGGCCUGGCCUUCUGCGCCAUCCUGCACCGGCACCGGCCCGACCUGCUGGAUUUUGAUUCGCUUUCCAAGGACAAUGUCUUCGAGAAUAAUCAAUUGGCCUUUGAAGUGGCUGAGAAGGAGCUGGGGAUCCCUGCUCUCCUGGACCCCAAUGACAUGGUCUCCAUGAGUGUCCCCGACUGCCUCAGCAUCAUGACCUAUGUGUCCCAGUAUUACAACCACUUCGCCAGCCCUGGCCAAGACGGUGUCUCGCCUCCCAGGGCGGGCCUGGGACCGUCCUCCCCACCAUCCGAAGCCCCCAGCCCAGCGGAGCCAGGAGCCGGGGUUCAGAGCGAGGCACUCUCGUCCGGCAGCCUGGCGGAGCAGGGCGCCCACCGGACCCCCAGCAGCACCUGCGCGGCCUGCCAGCAGCAUGUGCACCUGGUGCAGCGCUACCUGGCCGAGGGCAAGCUGUACCACCGGCACUGCUUCCGGUGCCGACAGUGCUCCAGCACCCUGCUGCCUGGGGCGUACAGGAGUGGUGCCGAGGAAGGCACCUUCGUGUGCGCUGAGCAGUGCGCCAGGCUGGGCCCAGGCGCACGGUCGGGAGCCAAGCCUGGUCCACCCUCACAAGCAAAGCCGCAGCCGAUCACAGAAGAAGCCAAGGAUGGGGAGGGGAGUGUUCCCUGCCCUACGGUGGUCACACCCAAGGCCAGCCCCGAGACCCGGCCCCAGAUCCCCUCCAAACCCCGGGUUCCCGACAAACCGCAGGAGCUGGCCAGCCCUCUGGCCAGCCGCCCCACGCCUGCCCCCAGGAAGACCUCGGAGAGCUCAGCCCCAAUGCCCGCCACGCCCCCCACACCCCGACCCCGGGCCAGUCUGCAGCAUGAGAACUCGGUGGAGCAGGUGGGCGGCAGCGGCCUAGCGAACGGACGGCUGCACGAAGCUCCCGUGCCCAAGCCCAGAGGGACACCUAAGCUGUCAGAGAGGACCCCAGCCCCCAGGAAGGAACCCCCAUGGAUCACACUGGUGCAGGCGGAACCAAAGAAGAAACCAGCCCCGCUCCCCCCAAACAGCAGCAGUCCACGGCCACCAAGGCGAGUGGAGGAUGGAGGCGAGGAGGGGGCGGCCCCGCAGAGCCUGGCGGCCUCUGGCCUGGAGCCGAAGCCCUACAACCCCUUUGAGGAGGAGGAGGAGGAGGAGGAGCCUGCAGCUGCACCCAGCCCGGCCGCCCACCCUGCCCCGACCCCCCUGGAGUCCACACCCAAGUCCCUGCACCCCUGGUAUGGCAUCACCCCCACCAGCAGCCCCAAGACAAAGAAGCGCCCUGCCCCCCGAGCACCCAGCGCGUCCCCCCUGGCUUUCCACGUCUCCCGCCUCUCACACUCGGAGCCACCCUCGGCCACCCCGUCACCGGCCCUCAGUGUGGAGAGCCUAUCGUCCGAGAGCUGCAGCCAGGCCCCUGGUGGGGAGCUUCUGGAGCCUCCAGCCGUGCCCAAGAGCUCCUCAGAGCCUGCCGUCCACGCCCCCGGCACCCCAGCAACCUCCGCCAACUCCUCCUUGUCCUCCUCUGGGGAGCUGGUGCAGCCCAGCAUGGGCCGGAAGCCGCAGGCCAGCCCCGGCUCUGCCCCUGGUGCUAGGGCCGGCCUGAGUGCCCCGCUAGCCCAGCCCCGCAGCGGCGUCGCCCCCACCCCUCUCCUGCUGGUUGACAAGGGCCCUGCACCUUCCCCGGGUACCUCCCCGCAGCUCCAGGUGAAGUCUUCCUGCAAGGAGAAUCCUUUUAACCGGAAGGCGUCGCCCACGGCGUCCCCAGCCAUAAAGAAGGCCACCAAGGGCUCCAAACCAGCGAGGCCGCCUGCCCCAGGCCAUGGCUUCCCACUCAUCAAGCGCAAGGUGCAGGCUGACCAGUACAUCCCCGAGGAGGACAUCCACAGCGAGAUGGACACCAUCGAGCGCCAGCUGGACGCCCUGGAACACCGUGGGGUGCUGCUGGAGGGGAAGCUGCGAGGCGGAGCUCCUGAGGGCCGCGAGGACGACUUGCUGGUGGACUGGUUCAGGCUCAUCCACGAGAAGCACUUGCUGGUGCGGCGGGAGUCCGAGCUCAUCUACGUCUUCAAGCAGCAGAACCUGGAGCAACGCCAGGCCGACGUGGAGUACGAACUCCGGUGCCUUCUCAACAAGCCAGAAAAGGACUGGACCGAGGAGGACCGAGACCGGGAGAAGGUGCUGAUGCAGGAGCUCGUCACCCUCAUCGAGCAGCGCAACGCCAUUGUCAACUGCCUGGACGAAGACCGGCAGAGGGAGGAAGAGGAGGAUAAGAUGCUGGAAGCCAUGAUCAAGAAGAAAGAGUUCCAGAAGGAGGCUGAACCCGAGGGCAAGAAGAAGGGGAAGUUCAAGACCAUGAAGGUGCUGAAGCUGCUAGGCAACAAGCGGGACAUCAAGAGCAAGUCUCCCGGGGACAGGAGCUGACCCCCGGCAGCCAGCUGGGCCUUCUGCCCUCCGGCUCAGCUCCGGGGCGGUGCUCCACUGGGGGUGCCCUCCUUCCCUCACUGUCAGUCCAGAGGAAAGCUGACUUAAAGGGGGCAGCCUCUGGGUGAUGGCCUCUCCCUCCUCAGGGUCCUCUGGCUGUUCUGGGCCAAAGAGCUUUCUUCCCUCUUUCCUGAUCACAGGCAGCUGGGGCUCAGCCCUGCCCAGAGGCCCUGUGACUCUAGAUGCUAUGACUGACCAGGGAGCAAGCGGGGUUCAGGUCCCCCACUGCCCACGCCCUGCCAGCCCCUGCCGUGAGGGGGCAGCGGCUGCCCCUUCCUUCGGACCUUAAGGUCCUCGGUCUACAAGGUCUGCCCACGGGAGGCCUUAGGCCUGGGUCUCCCACCUCCGGCCGCUGCCCCCCCUUGCCAGGCCAGCUCCCGGGCGUGGCCUUGCCGCUGCUUCCUGCUCCCGCCCCGUCUUCCUUUCUGGUGCGGGUGGCCCUCACUCAGGAGCUCUAUUUAUGAAAUCUCUGGUUACUCUUAGAGGCUGUGUCCUCGGAUCCCUGACGGCCCACUUUCUCCCUCUGUCCCGACUUCUAGGAGGAGCUCCCUCUUCUCCUCUUGAUCCAGAGGAAGCCUCACUUCCCAGGCCCCGGGCUGUGAGGGCCCUGAGGUGGCUUCUAAUGCUGGCCCCUAGGAAGGGCCUCUGGGAGGCUGGCCUCGGUGGCAGUUCUGCUCCCUCAUCAUCCGCCGAAGCAGGAUGUGCUUCGAAGGGGUGCUGACCCAGUUCUUUAACCCACUGUAGUCUGACUGCUGCUUUAGGCUUCCCCCCACCACCCCAGCCUAGGGGACAGGCCCUGUUCCCGUGCGUGUCACUGGUCUGCCUCACACUCAUUUUGUCUGUUCUCUCCUCACUUGCUCCCCCGAAGCACUAAUGGCCACUCACCCACUGGGAUGGCUGUGGGAGAGGAGCAGCCGUUGGGGGACACCGGCCUUUCCCCGGGGAAUGGGGAGCUCAGCAGCUCUUGGUCAAAGCUUGGUUGCUAUAAGCUACUUCUGGGGCAUUUCUAGCCUCCCCUCCCCCCAAACACCUCUGGGGAAAGUCACACUGUAUUAACUUGAGAGGAUUUUCCUCUCCCACAAUAAAUGGAGACAGCCUCAGUUGCCAGCGCCCUGCCCCUUGGGGUGCUUUUCCCUCAGCCAGGUGUGCCUUCUGUGCCCCCACCACAUGUUGUGGCCAGGCAGCCCUGGUGGCCCUGAAGGGGCUGUCCCCAGCAGAGGCCUUGGCCCUCACGGCCUGCCACACUGGCACCGGCCAGGGCUCCUUCCCUCUGCAGUGACACGUGGCUCCCCACCUGUGUAGCCUGGCCUGCAGACCUGGAGCUGGGCUAGGCAGGUAACACGUGCACUGGGCUGGGCAUGACUGAGAGCUGGCUCUGACAGGCUGUCCUGGAGUCAGGUGGGAGACUUGGGUGUGGGGACUUGGGUGAACUGGGGGUGUCUGUGCCACAAUAAGGUCACAGUGCUGCCUCACGCCAGGCAGCUGCCACCUGUGGGAAUGUGAGCCCCGCGUUUCUAGAUCUAACCACUGUUCAAAAGAAGCUGGUGACCCAGAGUGUGUGUGUGUGUGUGUAGUUUGUGGACGUUGGCAGUGAAUCAGGAUUUCAAUCAAGGGCAGGCCGGAGUGGGCUAAGGGCUGGGUUUGCAUGCGGUUCUCCAGCUUGCUGCCUUGGGGUCAGGUGGUGGGGCCUGGGCCGAAGAGGACGGCUGUCCUCGUCAUGUUUUGCCUUCUACCCUCGGGUUCUGGGGGGGGUGUGGCUCCCCACAGAAACUUCCUCUGCCAGCUCUUUAUCUGGUCUAUUUGGCUUCUCUCUCUGAGGCUGUCGGGCGAUGUAUUUUGCAAACCUAAACUCUGUAUAGGCCCGGUAGGACUAUGUGCAUUCCUCCAGGUGGGGGACUUGGCUGAAAUUCCAAAUUAUUUUGAUUUAUGGACCAGAAAAUGACAGAAUACUGGACACGUAGCCUCGCGCUUGCAGCAGACGUGGGGACGGCUGUGGGCUUACAGGGCCCGGAGGUCUUGGCUGCCUUGGAGACGGGGCCUCCCUGUUCGUUACACGGGCUGGGGCUGGAACUCCAAGGCCUGGGCCCCUCCCGCCUGUGUUCCUUCUGUGGGUGGUGGGGUCAGUGGGAAGACAACGGAUGUGGGUGUGAGGCGCCGCCCUGCUGGUGUAGCGCGUCCGGGGGGGGGGCCUUUGUCCUCACAGGAGUAAUGGGCCAGGACCAUCAUGGGGCUUUGUUAAGAGAAUUCGUGCCACGCAGGCCCAUUCCACUUGACACUUGCAGAAGCUAGAAACCAUCUGUGCCUGAAAAAUUCAAACUCCUUGAACAAAUAAGCCUUAUCCCUCUGAAAACAAAACGAUGUGUGCAAUGACUUAAUGUUAAGUAUGUUUUAUUGACCAGUUAAUGAUGGUGGUUAAGCAUUUGCCAGAGGCUGUGUGGGUCCUGAGACGGGCAGCAAAAGGCAUCAUGUUCAUUGCUAAGUUCAGAAAACCAGAUGUGCAGGACUCACUGGCUGGAGGGGUGGGCGGAGGGCCUGCUGGGUACUCUCAGGCACGGCCAAGGAGGUGUAGCUCAGGCCUUGCUCUCCCAGCGUGCAGAGCUCCUUCCUGAGAAGACUCCGAGUUGGGUGUGGGUCUCUGAGCCUGUGAAUGGGUCUCAGCGGACCCUGGGCAGAGUCUUGAGGAGAAUCAGCUCUGACAGGUGGUUCUUUUUCUAGGGUGCUGUUUAGGCCUGGCUCCCCGAGGCCGGGGCAGUGUCAUGGCUGCAGGCCAGGGUGGGUGGGCUGAGCUGGAGAGGUGGGGGGAACCCUGCUUGGCAGGGGGCAGGCUGCCUUGGUGGUGGUCUGGCUCCCCGCGCCCUCUCUGGGGACAGGCUAAGCCUUGGUGAGGACCUUCCUAAGCUCCUCACUCCUCUGGCGGUCAAUGUCUUCCAUUUCUCGCAGUUUCUGCGGAGGGAGAGCCGGGGGUCAGGGCAGGGGCAUGAGCAGCCACUGCGGCGGUAUGAAGGGAGCCGUCCCUGGGCCACCGCUGGCCCCUCCUUUCCCGGCACAUCUUGGCUGUCCCCUCCUCUCCCACGUCCUUGUCGCUCCUACCUGGGAGAUUUCAGCAAAGAUGAUCCCCCGGUACUGUCUGCCCUGUCCCAGGGCCUCCAUGUCCGCCAGGAAAUCCUUCCUCUCCUGGAUCUCCUUCACCACUGAGGGGAGGAGGCCUAUCAGGGGGGCAGGCAGGCCCUCAGGCGCCUGGGAGGGUGGGGGGCUGGCGCCUCUCUAGGGGAGAGGAAGCUUGUACUUCUCACCCUUGGGCCCUUGACAUCACCCUGGCCCCCCUCAGCCCCUCCCGGCACCUCUGGCCCACCCGAGGCUCACGUUCUUCAAACCGGUCCGGCUCGGGAGCCGGGUCCUGGUGCCGCACGGGUGGGGGCUUUCUCUUCCGCUCGUCUGAGUCCUUCCCCGUGGCGAAGAUGUUUUGGAGCCUUCGCUUCUCCUUCUCCAGAUCUCCUGGGGGCAGAGAAAUAGUCUGGUGAAGGUGAGCAGGUGGGAAUCCGUGUGCUGGGUUCCCUGGGUUCCCAGGGUGGGUUCCCAUGCAAGCCCGGCACUGACCCUGGCGCCCCUGAGCUUGUCAUGUCAAGAUGGAAAGAACCUUGAAGGCAGCUUUGCCGAACCCCACGCUUUGCGUGCAGGGCGAGGCAAAGAAAACUCAGCGAUAGGCCGGGGGCGGCCAGUGUGAGGGGGCUGGUGGGGCUGGGAGGGCCUGGGCCAAGAGUUAUGUCACAUGCCAACUAGGGACGGGGGACAACAGCUCUGUGAACAGGCAGGCGUGCAGGGCAGCUCUGGGUCUGGGGACCCUGUAGCCGAAAAGCAGUGGCCAUGAAUCCUGACGUCCAGACAUUCAUCAGAGAUUAUUGGGCUCCAGCUAAUCACGAAUCCUGGAAACCUUUUUAAGAACCACUGAACUGCCUUCCCCUGCACUCCGAACACCCCCAAGCUACCAUGUGCCAAAGCUCAAGAGCAUUAAUAUAAACUGUGAGGAUUUGACGAGAUACCUGCUCAGCUGCCUGGGGGGCUGCUUGUCCCCACGCCCCCCACACCCCCCAAGCCCCUCGAAGAAGGAGGCGGGGCCCUGGGCCAGGCCUCCCACUUACGGGUCGCCUGAGGCUUGAACUGCUCCCUGUUGUAGGCCCCGUUGGCUUGGCACACGCUGGCAGGCCGGAGGUGGGACUGGGCCGCCAGGAUCGGGGGCAGGUAGAUGGCGGAGGCUGGCUGCUUGGCAGGCAGGACCCUCUGGCUGGAGGUGGGGCUGCAGUGUAGGGGCAGCGUGUCUCCUCCUAGGGAAGGAAGGGGCGGGUGGGGGCCCGCCUGGUGUAGCCAGCCCAGCAGUAUGGCCGACUUCUUUCUCCUCUCCCCGCUCCUCUCCCCUCCCGCCCCCUGCUCUCCCCACUCCUCUCCAGCACGGGGGUCUCCUUUCCAUGCUUUCUGAUGCUUACACCGACAUGUUCAAAGAUGUGUGUGCAGACAGGAUUGUGCAGACAGGAUUUGUUUUUCAAACACUGGAUCAUGCUGUAUUAUAUUCCGUAACAGACUCUUAACACACCAUGGACAUCUUUCUAGAUUGAUGCACUUAUAUGUAACUUAUUUUUUUAUGCCUCUAUACUAGUCCUUGGAAUGGAUACAUUAUUUAUUCAACUUGUCUCCCAGUUUCAAAACUCCAGACUUUCCAAUUUGUUUUUACUACUUCAAACAAUGAUGCUGCAAUAAACCUUCUUGUGCAUCCAACCUUUAUACUCGCGCUUUUGUUUCUGCAGACUGUCCGCAGGCAGGGCGGGAUGGUUUGGGCAGUAAGAGACACCAAUUCCCUCCUUGC